AUGUCUACCAUGCCAGCUACCCACGGUCACAAUGAGGCCUGUUGCAACAUCCCUCCAGUUGUCUCGAAGGGGUAUCAUGCCAAAGGCUCCUACCAAGAGCUUGGAGGUUACAAGACUUACGUAACCGGACCCUCUGACGCCACAAAGGGCAUCGUGGCCAUCUAUGACAUCUUCGGCUACUUCGAACAGACCCUUCAGGGCGCCGAUAUUCUGGCGACCAGCGACGAUCACACCAAGUACAAGGUGUUCAUACCGGACUGGUUCAAGGGCAGCCCCUGCCCAAUCGACUGGUACCCUCCCAACACCGAAGAGAAGAAAAAGAAUCUCGGUGCCUUCUUCCAGAAGUUCCCGCCCCCCAAGAUCGCGGGCAAGGUCCCCGCCUUCGUGAAGGCUCUCCAGGCGAAGAACCCCUCGAUCAAGUCAUGGGCCAUCAUCGGCUACUGCUGGGGAGGGAAAGUUGUCUCCCUCACGGUGACGGCGGACUCGAACCCAUUCAGCGUGGCGGCGCAGAUCCACCCGGCAAUGGUCGACCCCAAGGAGGCCGAGGGCGUCAAGGUGCCGAUGGCGCUGCUGGCGUCCAAGGAGGAGCCGGCCGACGUGAUCAAGAAGUUCGAGGAGAACCUCAAGGGGCCUAAGCACGUCGAGACCUUUUCCGACCAGGUCCACGGCUUCAUGGCCGCGCGGGCGGACCUGUCGGACAGCAGGGUCAAGGAGGAGUACGCGAGGGGGUACAGGACGCUGCUGGAAUUCUUUGGGAAGAAUUGGAAGUGA